AAUAAUAGGAGGUUUAGGGCUUCGGCCAAACUCAGCGAAGGUACUGCAAACUCAACCCAGAACGUAUAGCCAGUCUCUGAAUCAUCCCCAACACUCUCCGCCAUGAUCAGAGGCGGUAAGAGCUUCGUUUCGGCGCCACCGGCAUUCUCCAAUGACGCUAAACGUCUCUUAGUCUGCACUGGACCCACCGUCUCCAUCUUCAGCACCUCUACUGGCUUGCAGAUUUCUUCGUUGGAGGGCCACACGGCGGCGGUGACGUCCGUCGUAGUGGUUCCGGCUUCGAGCCCGGCCAGCAAAGUUCUGUGCUUUUGCUGGACUGCCUCGCUUGAUGGAACCAUUCGUUAUUGGGAUUUUUCGGUGCCGGAGUUGAUGAAGACUGUUGAAGUUAAAAUGCCUAUUUACUCAAUGGUUAUUCCAUCUUUGUUAGUCCAAUCCGAUAAAGACAAGGAAAAUGAGCCUCAUCUUUUUGCAUAUGUAUCUGUUGAGAAUACUAAAGUGCAAGAAAAGAAUGUAAAAGCUUUGCGUGGACAGAUUAAAAAAUUUAACUUGACCAAAUCUCGUAUGGCGGGUGGAGUUAUUUUGAGAGAGACUCCCCAGCCAGAGUUUCUUACAAUUAGUCCAUCGGGAAGUUAUUUUGGGAUUUGUAACAAGCGCACAAUUCAUAUAUGGAAAGUCCCCAAGUCAGAUUCUGAGCGUGCUGUAGCUAAAAAGAUUAGCUUGCAUCAUACAAAGAGCUUGACAGUUGUGGCAUUCCAUCCAACAGAGAGAAUUGUAGCUGCAGGUGAUAAAAGUGGAAGGAUUUUAAUCUGGAGGAGUUUUGGUAGUCAAACAUUUCGUACUAGUAACAAACUUGUAAAUGAAAAAUUGAUCAAUAAUGAGGAAGAAAGACCUGGUGUGAGAGGAGAUGAUGAAGCUGAUUCUUGCUCCACAUGGCAUUGGCACCCUUCUGGAGUUAAUGUCUUGUCGUUCUCGGCCGAUGGAUCCUAUUUAUAUUCAGGUGGUAGGGAAGGUGUACUUACUGUCUGGCAGCUAGAAACAGGGAAAAAGAAAUUUUUACCAAGGAUUGGAUCUCCGCUUCUGUAUUUCACAGAUUCUCCAGAUCCUUCACUUUCAUCUAUAUCUUGUGCAGAUAAUCACAUUCAUAUAUUGAAAAUGCCUUCAAUGGAAAUCUUGAAGUCUAUAUCGGGGAUCAAGCUUCCCGUCUCACAUCCUGAGAUAAAUGAGGGUUUAUAUAGCAAGUUUGCAUUUGAUUGCUCUGCUGGAUUAAUUGCAUUAAGAGCAGAGAACUAUUGCGUUCAAUUGUACAGCUUGCUUGAAGACCGGGAAGUUUCUGAGAUUCAAGUCUGUGAGAGAAACCAUCAACCUGGAGAUGAAGUGACCAUGGGAGUGACUCAAAUAGCUCUUUCCAAAGAUGGCUCUACAAUGUGUACUUCUGAUGUUAAGCUUCCUGAAGAUGGAAUUGGGAGUCUUGUUUGUCUUAAGUUUUGGGAAUCUGAUACAUUGAAUAAAAACUUUAGCUUGUCAACAAUCGUUUAUGAACCUCACAGGGAUGCUGGUAUUUCUUCGGUUGCUUUCCAUCCUAGUCGCCGAAUGGCUGUUAGCACAUCGAAUGGUGGUGACUUCAAGAUAUGGGUUUCUCAUGAUGAGAUUCAGAAGAAUCGUGAGACAGUAAAAAAUUCUGGUUGGAUGUGCCAUUCCGUGGGUUCCUACAAAAAAAAGCCAAUGACAGCUGCUGCGUUUUCUGCUGAUGGCUCUGUUUUGGCUGUUGCGGCAGAAACUGUUAUCACAUUAUGGGAUCCUGAAAACAAUGUCCUUGUUGCUGUACUCGGAGAAAUUCAAACGCCAAUUACGUUUCUAUCCUUUGCUGGAAAGUCUGACUAUCUUGUAGCUGUGUCCCAAGGUUCAAAACCACAGCUGUCGGUAUGUAAUAUGUCAAAACUCUCUGUAUCGUGGUCAUACAAGCUUCAAGUAGAAGAUCUAGCCUGUGCACUUGAUUUAUCAAUGUUUGCAGUUCUUGUUCUUCUUAAAUCAUCUACGGGCUUGGGAUCAAAUGAGACAGCACUUCAAGGAAGAGAUGGGGUAAUCUUAUUAUUCAGCGUGACAGAUCCUGUUCCUGUAGCUACUUGGUCUGUAAGGAAGGCCAAGGGUGGAGGACUUGCUUUUAUUCAAGGAAAUCAAACUUCAUUCCAAAAUAAUAUAUUUAAUGGCAAGCCAUCUCAAGAAUUGCUUGUCUACGUAGAUGGUGAUCAUGAAUUUGUUGUCUUUGACCCGCGUAGUAGCGAAACACAAGAACUUAGCCUAACCGGGCAACAAAAUCUUGCUACCGUUGAGGAAACAGUAGGGCAACUUGGAUAUGCAUCUCUGUAUGGGGAGCUACCUGAGUUCGAGUUGAAGAGCAACAAUGAGUUGUUGGCCCCGUCAGGACCGUCAGAGAGACCAUGGGAGACUAUAUUUAGUGGAUCAUCUCAUAAUCUCCCACCCCUCACUAAAUUGUGUUCAGCUUUUUUGGAGUCUUUGAUGGAAAAGAGGAGUACUACUACUACGACGACGGCUGCCAUUGUAGAAUGAUGAUUUCGAACACUACACUUUUCACUCCAUCAGGGCCUGAGUUCUCUUACUCUGGCAAUCAAACAAGGAUUUGAAUCAACCAAAGAAUGCAUUCCAAUGGCUGACAGUUUUGGUAAAAUGAAAGGUGAAAAAGUUAUAGGAAAUCCAUUUUAUUAUUUAUUGGAUUUUACAUGAUUUUGUUUGUAGCAAUGGUGGUGACAAAAGUAAUAUAAUUUUAUGUUUCUUUUUUCUUUUUAAAAAAAUUAUUACUUUAACUCUGUAUGAGAGAUAGAAGUUGAGUAGAGAGAAUACUUGUGCUAAACAAGGUUUUUUGUUAAUUAUCCUAGAUAAUUUGUAUUUGUGACAAAACACUCGAGAGAUAUUGUAAUUUACAUAUUUGGUAAUGAAAAUUUUGUUUAUUAUUUUUUAA